GGAGCGAUUUCUAACUAGCAAACAUGAAUGUGGGCGUCCUCGUACUCGUAGUGUGUUGCUUGUUAGCUACAUCUGUGACUGGUAAUGAAGACGAACGAGAAGAAUUUGAUUUUGAUCUUGAAAUGUCCUUUGAGGCUGACGAAAUAAUCGGCCCCGUCGACACUCUUGCCGCUGUUACCACCACCACUGUUACUACUAAACCUGGUGCUCUCAAGUCUCCCAAAGCAGAAUCCGAACCAGUUCCAGAGCCAGUUCCAGAGCCGUCCCCAAAGCUGACUAAUAAAGCAAACCAAUCCACCAACGCUAAGUUGGAUAUCAAGCGCAAAACACCUUACAGCUUUGAGUAUGCCGUGGAAGACAGUAAAAGCGGUUUAGAUUACGGGCAUAAAGAGAGCAGUGACGGCGAAGUCGUUACUGGAACGUAUUACGUUCUACUACCUGAUGGACGAAAAGAAACAGUCAAAUACAAAGCUGAUGGCAAUGGUUAUGUUGCUGACGUUUCCUAUGAAGGUGAGGCCAAGAAUAACGACAAUUCCCAGUCUCAGACUGCGUCCGGAACUUUCGCAUCUUCAGGUACAUCCGCGCAACUGCAAGCUUAUUCCAACAGCUCAAGCCCUGUUUCAAUGAUUUCCACAUUGAACACAUCCACUCGACCUCCGCAAAUAUCAUCUUCGAUGUCUAGCGUUACAACCAAAGGCCCAUCCCUUGUCCCUUCAUCUCCUGCUGCAGGGGACCCAUCAGCUGGUAAAGCAUCCGUAGUCUCCACUGCGUCUGCUGUUAGUUCCACUUCCUCGAUCGUUUCUGCCACAGCCACUAUCACCACCCCAAAUGCAUUUUCUUCUUCCACUCUCACUCUCAUUCCUUCCUCCAUUCUUAACUCUACAACUCCAACUACUACUGUAGCUGCCACAACUACUACACCGAGUACCGCAACUAUUGCACCAACCAACACAACUGCUACCCGAACUACUACUUCAGCUAACGCAACUUAUGCUACUCCAAUUAAUAAUGGAACUACUACCCCAACUAUUAACAUUCCGACUAACGGAACUACUACUUCAACUACCGCAACUACUACUCCAGUUAACGGAACUACCGCCCCAUCUACUACUGUAACUUCCGCAACUACUACUACAACUUCCGCAGCUAACUCUACUUCAAUUAACGGAGCUACUAACCCAACUAACGUAACUAAUAAUACAACUACUACUCCAACUACCCUAACUAACGUAACUAAAAAUGCAACUACCACUCCAACUAGCCCUAAUAAAACCACUUCAUCUACUUCUAACCCUGCCGUUAUUGCCACCAGCACCGCUAGAUCCCUUUCUUCUACCACUACUUCUUCAUCUGUACCUAAAUCUACGCUCAACUCAACUUUCUCCCCAGCAGUUUCUGUUACAGUUUCAGCUUCACUCUCACUCUCAAAUCAGAAUUCAACUUCUGUGUCUUUGCCUCAACUUUCCAAAACUAAUAAAACCCAAGUCACUUCAACACCAGCCUCACCAUCUAGUACUCGCUCUCCAGAUAUCUCUCUAACCCUCAAUAUGGUAUCUCAAGCUCCUGGAACCCCACCUUCUGAAAAUCAGUCGUUUUUUCAAGCUUUAGCAGGAUUUAUUCGUUCUGCUGGUCCAACUUUUAUAUAUUGCCGUAAAUUACUGCCAAGCUGUUCUGAUUCAACUGGAUUCCCACAAGCGUCUUUUUGUAGCAACUGCAAUAGCCUUCAGAAAAUCUGCUCCAAAUCAGAAUCCAUCGGAGAAACUCCUCCCGUUUAUAAUGAUACAUUGAAGGCUUUUCAGACCCUUGUUCCUGCAGCUCCCGUUUGGCCAGCUAAUAAAUCACCAGUAGCAGAGUUAGUGCAAAAAACCGUUGAUUCAAGUUCUUCUGAAAAACCAUCGAAUUCAAACAGUACGCUUCCCCCCACAACUCCUUUUCCAUCCACUGAAGUUCCUCAAUCACCCUCCUUACCUAAAAAAAUUGUUUCCCUUGAAGUCCCUGAAGGUCUAGCCGAUAUUGUCCAAUCUGCCGAUACGUAUUUCAGUUAUUGCCAGAAAAUUCGGUCGUUUUGUCCUCGAUUAGAGUCCACUCGACCUUACUGGGAGAGUUCCUCUGAAACUCCUUCUAAGCAAAAAGAGUUUUUGCUUUCAACCAUCCAAGCUUGCAGUUAUUGUCGUAGUCUAUGGCCAAUCUGCUCUGAAAUUGUCGAAUCAUCUGAAUUUCUUCUAGAUCCCUCCCAAUUGUUCACUCUUCACGGCUUAAAAGAAGAUGUCCGCAAUGCUAUGUUUACUAUAAGUUACUGCCGUAACUCUACCCAAGAUUGCAACCAAUUAUUAAAGUCUAAUCAAUCAAUAACAGCGUCUCCGAUUCACAGUAUAGCGCCUGAAACUUCUAACGGUACUUCUCCAGCCCUUUUUUCUAGUAAAACUUCAAAGGUUAAAGUUGAUGAAAAACCAAUUCCUGGAUCUUCAGUUCCCUCUCAGAUACCAGAACCCCAAAGUGAGGAUCUCGGUAAUUUAAAAUUUUUAAAUUAUUGUAGUCGUAUGGCGCCAGUUUGCUCACAACUGCUGUCCGUCUGAAUGUUAAGCCUCUCGAAUUAUUCUGAAAACUGUAUUCCCCAAUUAAGAAAAAGAAACGCACUAAUAUAUAGCUUGUUUAUUCUCCAUUAGAAUAAAGCGGAUUUUGAAAAAUGUGUUUAAUUAAUUUUCUGGUAGCUACCGUUAAAGUAACAAUU